AUGAGAGUGGAGCCAGGGGGAGAGAGGCCUCAGAGUGGGGCCCAAGCCAAGCUCCUGCUCCAGGGACCCAGCUGGACUCUCGAGGGGCCUGUGGAGUCUGGCCCUCCUGCCUGUCUGGAUAUUGACAGGCUUUCAUCUAAAAGCAACAAUGCCAGCUCAUUCACCCUGGCGUUUGGCCAGGCAUACUCCAACCAGCGUAAGGUGGCGGAGGAUGGCGAGAUCAACGAGGAGUCGCUGCUGCAGGAGUCAGCGUCAAAGGAGGCCUUCUACAUGGGCCAGCUGCUGGAGCUGCAGACGGAUCUGAAGCUGAGCCGCUCCGUGGCGUCCAACGUGUCCAACGAGAGCGAGAGGCUCAACACCGUGCUUCAGGAGCACAAAGAGAGUAAUGAGAUGCUGGAGCUGCAGCGGAGCAGGAUGAGAGAGGAAAUCAGGGAGUAUAAAUUCAGAGAGGCGCGACUCCUACAGGACUACACUGAGCUGGAGGAGGAGAACAUCACCCUGCAAAAACUAGUGUCCACCCUCAAACAGAACCAGGUGGAGUAUGAGGGUCUGAAGCAUGAGAUCAAGGUUCUGGAAGAGGAGACGGUGCUGCUGAACAGCCAGCUGGAGGAUGCUGUGCGUCUGAAGGACAUCUCUCAGUCCCAGCUGGAAGAGGCUCUGGACACCCUGAAAAUUGAGAGGGAGCAGAAGAACAGCCUGAGGAAGGAGCUAGCCCACCACAUCACCCUCAGCGACAGUGUGUACGGGGCUGGAGCCCACCUGGCUCUCACCGCCACUGUCGACGGGCUUAAAUUUGCCACCGAAGAGGUCGGGAGUAAUGGUACAGCCAUGCAUAAUGGAGCCAACGGGAAUGAGGAUAGCAACGGCCACUGUAAUGGACACCUGGGAUUGGCUACGAUGAACGGCGACUACCGGCUGCCCAGGGAGGGGUUGCAUGGUCCUGUGUCUGACCUCUUCAGCGAGCUCAACCUGUCUGAGAUGCAGAAAGUAAAAAAGCAGCUAUUUCAGGUGGAGCGUGAGAAGUCAUGCCUCCUGAUGAACCUGCAGGAGUCCCAGACCCAGCUGCAGCACAUGCAGAGCGCCCUGACGGAGCAACACGAGUACGUCCAACGCCUCACCGAGGGUGUCAACGUCAUGAAGCACCUCCAAAGUGACAAGGAGAUGGCUGAUGCUCAGGAGUCUGAGAAGUCCAACGGGUCGCCCUCGCCCUGUCACCGCGACUACGAAGUGGACAUCCACGGGAUGGACAUCCUGGAGUGUAAGUACAAGGUGGCAGUAACCGAGGUGAUCGACCUGAAGGCGGAGCUAAAAGCCCUGAAGGAGAACUAUAACCAGUGUGUGGAGGGCCAGGUGGAGGAGCGGAGCAGCAGCGAUGGGAAGGACCAGGCUCUGGACGAGCAGGUCAACCGGCUGGAGCAGAGCUGCCAAGAUUCCCACGAUAGGGUGGUGUGUUUGGAGGCGGAACUAAAGACGGCGACGGGUGUGGCCUCAGAGAGCCACAGCAUGCUGAACACAGCGCAGGACGAGCUGGUAACAUUCAGCGAGGAGCUGGCCCAGCUCUACCACCACGUGUGUCUCUGCAACAAUGAGACGCCCAACCGCGUCAUGCUGGACUACUACCGCCAGAGCCGUAAUACCCGCAGCAGCAGCAUCAAGGGCUCUGAGGACCCCCGGGCACUCCUCUCCCCCCGCCUGGCUAGACGCCUCGCCGCUAUCAACGCAGGGUUCUCCGAGGCCCCAUGGAGCCCCAUAGACUCGCCCUCCAAAGAACCCCCCAGUGGGGACAACGGGGAAACAGGGAGGGAGUCCCCAGCACCAGGCAGCCAGGGGAGCCCAACCCGCACCCUCAUGGGCUCCCCGGUCAUCAACGGCACCAACGGCCCUACCUCCUCCUCCCCCGUGCCUCCCGAGGCAAGUGGAGAUCUGCGUAAGGAGCCCAUGAACAUCUACAACCUGAACACCAUCAUCAGGGACCAGAUCAAACACCUGCAGAGGGCCGUGGACCGCUCCCUCCAGCUGUCUCGACAGAGGGCAGCCGCCCGGGAGCUGGCCCCCUUGUUCGACAAGGACAAGGAGGCCUGCAUGGAGGAAAUCCUCAAGCUCAAGUCACUCCUCAGCACCAAGAGGGAGCAAAUUGCCACGCUCAGACUGGUGCUCAAAGCCAACAAACAGACUGCAGAGGUGGCACUGGCUAAUCUAAAGAGCAAGUAUGAGAAUGAGAAGUGCAUGGUGACAGAGACCAUGAUGAAGCUGAGGAACGAGCUGAAGGCUCUGAAGGAGGACGCCGCCACCUUCUCCUCUCUCAGGGCCAUGUUCGCCACCAGGUGUGAUGAGUACGUGACUCAGCUGGAUGAGAUGCAGAGACAGCUGGCAGCGGCAGAGGAUGAGAAGAAAACCCUGAACUCCCUGCUCCGCAUGGCCAUCCAGCAGAAGCUGGCCUUGACCCAACGCCUGGAGGACCUGGAGUUUGACCACGAUCAGGCCAGGGACCGUGGCCGCGGCACAAAGGUGCCCAAGAUCAAGAGUAGCCCGCCCAAAGUAAGUCGACGAGCCGCUCUCACCGCUCCCCCCAGCCCUACCAUGAUACACAGCCCUUCCUCCACCAGCUCCCACCCCUUCAACACCUCCCUGACCCUCUGCAGCCCUCCCUCCCUGGAGCUGCCCCUGUCCUCCAACCCCUGGUCGGCCUCAGACAGAGGCUCAUCCCAGUUCUCUUCCUUGCCUCCCCUGGGUGACCCCCAAUGGUCCCUAGGCACUCAGACCUUCAUUAUUGACCCAGAGUCGCUGAGUUUAGAGUUCUGUCGACUCGUUAACAGUCGAGACUCUGGUCUGCACUCUCCUAGCUCUGCCCCUGCGUCUCCCUACCGCUCACCCAUUCCCAAGACUUGGCAACACUUGUCGCAGAGGUCGGUGAGAACUCGUACCCAAAAAGACGCACCUCGGCCCUCUGCUCUGGCCACAUCUCCCAGCAACCCUGUCCCUCGCUCCUACAGUUCCCAGAUGCCCCAGCCCUGA